UACUCCCAGCAUUCCUCGCGAGAGAAGAAUCAGUGUGAAAACCCCCGGCCAACCCGGAGCCCCGGGGGUCACGUGACGCUGUGAUUGCAGGCAGCAGACAGGAAUUCGUAAAACAGCUGCCUACUACAAAGCACAGUGGACCGGGGGAUGGAUCUGGGUGUUAAAGAUUUUGAGGAUGUGGCCAUGUACUUUUCGGAGGAGGAAUGGCGCACACUAGGGGAAGGACAGAAAAAUCUUUACAAAGAUGUGAUGAUGGAGAAUUACCAGGCUCUAAGCUCCCUUGAAAAUGCCUGCAGAAAGCCACAAAUGAUCUGUAAAGCAGAGCGAGGGAAGGAGCCGACUGCAAAGAGUCAGCUGCAAUGUGAGGAGGAGACCCCAAUGGCUUGCAUCAUUGUGAGGCCUGAAAUGGUGGCGAAUCUUCCAGAACUACUGACAGAUGAUGAAUUAUCAGACUGUAUCUACCUGGAAAUGGACUCUGACUCAGAUACUGAGCAAGAAAGAAAGUCGCAUGUGACCGACACUGGACAACAUAAAGAUAAAAAUUACUCAGACGCUGUGUUUGUGAAGCGUGAGCGCAUCUCUGCAUCAGAAGAGAAAGAGACGAGUCUGAGCGAUCCAGCACUGUAUGACGACGAUGAUUCUUCAGACUGUAUGUAUGUGGAGCCUGACAGUCUCUCGGAAUCGGAAGAGAAGAAGGAAACAGGGGUGAGACAUCCUGUGAACUAUGAGGAUGAUGAUGAAGAUGACAUUGAUUUUGAUGAUGACGAUGAUGAAGAGGAGGAGGAGGAGGAGGAUGACGAUGAUCACUUUUCAGACUGUUUCUGUGUGGAUCCAGAACCGGUUCACAAGAUCGAAUGGAAGGAAAAGGUGAAAAUUAAGGAAGAAUUCAAAGAGGAGAAGAUUUCUUCCACGGAUGUGAAGACCACAAAAGGCAACGAUACCCAGCCAAUGAAUGUUGGAGGUGUUGCUGAAAUUGAGUGGAUAGUAGAAGAUGUGGUCACCCCAUUGCCCCAACAAGACCCAUCCAGCAAGGCAGAGGUAAACUACUGGUUUGUGAAGAGGGUGGCAACAAACAACCACAAUGACAGGUCCUCCCAUUCCCCUCGUGGUCAGGAUCAGCAGUCGUCUCACACCAACCCAUCUGUAAAAGAGCACCGUACUAAGCAAAUAACUCCUAGAGACUUGCGCUUCAUUUGCCCCGUGUGUCCAGAAACAUUUGAGGGUGUUUCAGAAUUCUUUGAGCAUCAGAAAAUCCAUGACAAUGUUUGUCCAGAAUGUGGGGAACAGUUUUCCGAUAAGUCGUCACUUGAAGGGCAUCUGUUACUGCACCUGGAAGACAACAUACGCAUAUGUGAGGAGUGCGGUCAGUGUUUUGGCACGCAGACAGAGUUGGAUACCCACAUGAGGACCCACAAAGGAGAUAAGCAAUGGCCGUGCAACCAGUGCGGCAAAUGCCUUUACUCCAAGUCUGGUCUCGACAGGCACCGGCUCAUCCAUAUACGAGAUAGACUUGUACCUUGUCCGCAGUGCGGCAAAUGUUUUGCCAAACAGUCAAACUUCGAAAUGCACUUGCGUCUCCACGCUGGUGAAGAGCUGUACCCGUGUACUCUGUGCGAAAAACUCUUCCCCUCAAAAGCUGCAUGUGAAAGGCACAUCAGAGCCCACACCAUGGAGCGCCCCCACGCCUGCCCAGAAUGUGGCAAGAGGUUCCUGUAUAACGGCUGUCUGAUUAAACACAUGCGCGUUCAUACAGGGGAAAAACCGUUCGUCUGCAAUCUAUGUGGGAGACGGUUUGCCCAAAGCUCGAGUCUUAACAGCCACCGGCGGCUACAUGAGGAUGAAAAGCCUUUUGUUUGUAAGGCAUGUCAGAAGUGCUUUAGCAAGAAAUUCAAUUUUGAGAUGCACAUGAAAAUUCAUGCCAAGGAAAGGCUGAUCGAGCAAUUGGCUCGACUGAAAUGUGACAGUGGUGAUAAGACCCUGGCCCUUUCUGGGGAGGCGGAUAAUUCUAAACCCGCUAAUGAUGCUCUGUUUACUGAGAAGACUGCUAUGGACAUCAAGGUGCCGAACGUUGGUGUUUCUGCCAGUGAAAGCACUAGUAGAGAUGUUGGCAAGAUUCCCGUUUUAGAUAUCUUGCUUGGGGGUAGGCCCACCAGAGAUAUCGUGUUAGACAAAACUCCAGUUAACGAUGCCUCCCUUAAGUCUAAAGAUGUCACUCUUAAUGACGUAUCUUUAAGAGAUGCUACUGGUGCACCACCCAUUAAAGAAUCCUUGUUGGGUGAGGGCUUUAUAAGAGAUGGUUUAUUAGGCAACAAACCAGAUACAAAUGUCUCGUUAAGUAAUGCAUCCAUAAGCUAUAUUUUACCUAGCGACAGGCCCAGAACAGGUGUCUCCUUGAAUGAAAACGUAUCUAUAGAUGUCUCUCUUAGUGAGUCAUCUAUGACCGAUGAAUCAUUUGACGAGAUGUCCGCCGACGAUGACCUCCUAAACGAGGAGCCGUGGAAAUCAAAGCCAGAGGAACGUCCGCACAUCUGUGCUGAGUGCGGGAAGAGCUUCCUCUCCAGCGGCUGCCUGGUCAAGCACAUACGGACCCACACGGGAGAGAAGCCUUUCGGCUGCCCGGACUGUGGAAAACAUUUUGCACAGAGGUCUACGCUCAACUGCCACAUUAAAAUUCACACAGGCGAACGCCCCUUUUUGUGCCCGCUAUGCGGCAAAGGUUUCACUAGCCAGUCCCACGUUUCCCGCCACCAGGCAGUUCACCGGGCAGGCCAAUUCUCAUGUAACGGGUGCGGGAAAGAGUUUACAGUGAAGUCUUAUUUGUUAAAGCACCAAAGGAGGACAAACUGUGCUAAAAAACUCUGACUUUCACCUUUUACCUUUCUUUUCUUUUUUAAAUAUAGUUUACUUUUGUUAAUAUCUGUGUUUUCUGUUUUUUAUUCAAUGAACCAUUUUCAAAAUGUUUUUGCCUAUUUAUCUAUGGACCGAUUCGGUGCCUGGUUUAACGAUUAAAAUGUAAUGUGUUCAGGUGC